AUGGCCGUGGAAAAUUCUCUUUGUAAGCUUGAUGCUUCCACAGCUCUGUACACCUCUCUUCACGACCACAAGGGAGAUUUAAUUGUUGCCAGCGCCGAUAUGAACAUCAUAGAGGCCGAUUGGACCAAACAUAUAAUGUUGCAAAUUGACCAGGCUCAACCAAAAGUGGUGAUAAUGGAUUGCAAUUUAGCUGAAAAUUGUAUUUCGCAAGUUAUGGCUCAUAUUGACACUUGCAGCGAUGCCAAGGUGGUUAUUGAGCCCACAUCUAUAGCCAAGGCAUCGAGAUUAGGGUCUUUACACUCCAGUUGCUUAAGAGUUUUUCCCCAAAAUAUCAUCAAAAUGGUGACUCCUACAGCCAGUGAACUCGGCCAAAUUUACGAUUCUUUUGCAAGAAAGGAACUUUUUGACGACUACGACGACUGGUUUCCUGUUCUUGACUCUUUGGGCAUCACAUCUUCUUUUCGGGAAAAGUUAGCUAGCAACAAGACUCUUGCUCCAUUCUUAUCGCUGGGUAUUCUCCAACAAGCAUUCAGUCUUCUUCCUUACUUGGAAAGAAUCUUGAUCAAACUAGGGCCCCAGGGAGUUUUGGAAGUUGCUAUAUCCUCAGAUGUGAGUGCUUACAAGUCAAUUCCAACCACUUCACAGUAUAGUCCUCAUUGCAUAGUCACAUCCGAUGGACAUAAAAUUGGCGAAAACCAUAUGGGAGUGGUAAUCCAGUACUUUCCAAUUCCUACAGAAAAUGAAAAUAUCACCAUAAAAAACGUAACUGGUGCUGGCGAUACAUUUUUGGGAGUUUUAAUGGCAGCGGAACCAACUUGGUUGCAACCAGAAUUGACCUCUGUUGAACAAGAAUGGGAUAAAUGGCACCAAAUAUAUAUAGCCCAGCUUGCCAGCGGACUCACGUUGCAGACCGACAGCUCUGUCAGCACAGAGAUUGAAAAAUGGAAAAAAUAG